AUGAGCUCCUCCCUCAAGAUCCGCGCCAGCGAGCUCCAGUCCAAGAACAAGGAGGCUCUUAUGGAGCAGCUCACCGAGCUCCGCACUGAGCUCACCUCGCUCCGCGUCCAGAAGGCUGUCGGUGGCUCUGCUUCCAAGCUCACCAAGAUCAACACUGUCCGCAAGUCGAUCGCCCGUGUCCUUACCGUCGUCAACCAGAAGCAGCGCCAGAACCUCCGCGAGUUUUACAAGAAGUCGAAGUACAUCCCCCUCGACCUCCGUUACAAGAAGACUCGCGCCAUCCGUCGCCGUCUCACCGAGAAGGAGAAGAACGCCAAGACCGUCAAGGCCCAGAAGAAGGCCAUCCACUUCCCCCAGAGGAAGUACGCUCUUAAGGCUUAA